AUGGCUACCUUAGGUCUAGGUGGAAAGUCCGACUCUGACAAAUCUAAGAAGCAACAAGAGGAGUCAAAUUCUCCAACUAAGCACACAGUCAAUGAUUCUGAUUUGGGGAAAGAACACGUGUCCAAACACCAAUCACAAUCUCAAACUCAUCGUGAUAAUGUUCAAGACAAGUAUGAUUACGGUAACUUCAAGGAUAAGGAGGCCAAAGAUGCUAGAACUAGGGUUGCGGCAGCUUCAGUACCUGCGAACACUCAUUCAAGUGAAUCGCAACAAUCGACUGCCAAGCAUACCCUAAAGUCUGCUACCUCUGAAACGCAGUACAAUAGAUCUGUCCCUCAAAAAUCAAUGCCUUCCAAGGGAAUAAAUGAUGCGACAAGUGAACCAUUGGUUGGUAAUGACUAUGCGUUGAAGCAAAGCUCCAAUGCUGUAGCAACCGACACUGGAAUUUCAAGGAAUACUGGUAGUAACACGACUAAAGAGCAGAAGUUCUCUGCUAUCGAUGCUACUGAUAGUCAAAACGAUGGCUCUUACGGCGGGUCUUCCGGCCAACAAAAUCAAUUCCAUAACACAUCACAGUACGUUAAUCCUAACCAAUUUGACACCAAUGUGUUCGAGAAGAAAAACGAAAAACCAAUCACUGGCGAUAGCUCUCAUAAAAAUGCUCAAAAACACACUUCCCAAGACAUGCAGGGAACUUACGUUGACAACAAUUACGUUUCUAGUAGGGCUUAUGAAGGAACUUCUCAUACCUUAGAUCCUAACGUGAAGCACGACGGAAAUGCUGCACAUGAUGAAAACACUGCUGACUCAGGUCUUUGGAGUUCUGUGAUGGGUGCUGUCGGUUUGCGUAAAACUUCUUCGCAAUCCCAAAAAACUGGUUCAGAUCCUCAGAAUGAGUAUGGUUUGGAGCAGGACAUGGGGAAUACUCAUAUUUCUGAUACCAGAGGAGGAGCAUCCAACAAAUCUAAUAAUGGUGAGAUUAAAGGGACCGUGAAAUCGAAAGGUAUUCCAGCACUUGCUGAGAAGAAUUCUAUCCCGCCUACGAUGGGUGCUGCUCUAACAGCAGAAGACCUUAAGAAAAAAUCCGGUAAUGUUGGUGACAGUCAUGAUAACCAGAUUCCAGGCACUUUUUCCUCUGAAUACGGUGGAAAUUCGAAAAGCUUGGUAGAUCCCGAUAAGAACACUUACUCCACGGAGAAUGCAUACACAUCCUCAGACAACAAUAGACAUACAAGAAAUGUGUCAGUUGAUGAACAAGGAAACACAGAUCGUCCCACUUCCGAAGCAAAGUCGCAUGGUUUAUCGCAACAUGAAGAAGGAUAUCAAUACGAUACCAAAAGUGGUGUUCCAAGAUCUGUGCAACAAAAGGAGACUCACACCACUGACGAGAAUGGAAACGUUGUCAACAAGAUCUCAAACACUAUCAAAUCAACCUUACAUUGA